UAGACAGAUGAGUUCAGGUGAUGCAGUCCUAACUCAAGUGGUUCUCUCUCACUCAGGGAAGAUGCUGUUUGUUGGCACUACCAAUGGUACCAUACAGUCGGUGAAGUUCCCGCUAGUUGAACCAGGAGAAUGGCAUGAGCAUCAGGCACACUCUGCACCUGUGGCCAGGAUGUGUAUCUCAUAUGAUGAUCAGUUCCUGAUAUCAGUUGGAGAAGAUGGUACUAUAUUCAGUUUCAGGAUCAUUGAUAAAGAAGGACGGAUGCUAAAGAGAGAGAGAGACUCAAACUAUGCCGAGGAGAUAUUGAUAACACGCUCAGACCUUGAGGAAAAGAAUACAACAAUGUCUGAACUACGUACUCGAGUUGAAGAGUUGAAGAUGGAGAAUGAGUACCAGCUAAGACUGAAGGACAUGAACUACAAUGAGAAGAUCAAGGACCUCACGGAUAAGUUCAUACAAGAGAUUGAAGCACUUAAAGCCAAGAAUGAAAAUUUAAGGACUGAUAAGGAGAGACUAGAGAGCAGAUAUGAGGAAGAGAUUCAUCAACAGUUGGAAUCACACUCAAGGGAGGUGCAGGAGAGAGAGACUACUACUAAUACAAAGUUGAUGGGAGAGUAUGAGAAGUAUCAGGAGCUACAGGCACGGAGCCAGAGACUCCAGGAAGACUAUGAGAGACAGCUGCAAGAAAUGGAGGACGCUAGAGAGAAAGCACUUCAGGAACUAACGGAGCACUAUGAGAGGAAACUGCACGAGAAAGGAAUCAUGCUAGACAAAGGCGCUGAUGAUCUUCGGAAGCAGCAGAGAGAGGCUGAAGAGAUCCAGCGACAGAUGGAGGAAGACACAGACCAAGAAAUACUAGCACUGAAGAAUCAUUAUGAGAGACAGCUCCAUGAACAGUGUGAUGAGAACCUUAAACUGAGAGGAGAUACCGGAAUAUUGAAGAAAAAGGUAGACAGUCUUCAAGGUGAGAUUAAUGAACUGAAGGGCAGCAUCAACCAGCUAAAGCAGGAGGUGAAGAAGAGAGAAGGAAUCAUCAACUCACUGAGGAAUGACAUUGAAGGAAUGAAGAAAGAAAUACAGGAGAGAGAUGACACCAUUAAUGAUAAAGAAAAGCGCAUUUAUGAUUUGAAGAAGAAGAACCAGGAGCUGGAGAAGUUUAAGUUUGUAUUGGAUUAUAAGAUAAAGGAACUGAGGAAACAAAUGGAGCCGAGAGAGAAUGAGAUAAGAAGCAAAAAGGAACAAAUAAGUAAAGUAGGUGUUAGAAAAUGUAAUAAAAA